AAAAAACAAAACAAACGUGUCCUAUGUAAAGUGAACAAACGUAACAUCGAUGUACGAUAUGCACAAAAAACACCAGUACCGAGGUUCACGAGCAUUGGGAUUUUUGGUUGUUUUGCUGUCACACUUUGCCACGUAAAAAAAUCCUAGCAAAUACAGAAACGAAACUUCAUCGUUGCGAUUGCGAUCGGUACCGUGUCGUAGUCGUCCGAUUCAAACAUCAACCAGCACGUCGCUCUACACUACUCUUGCCGCCACCACGACAACGACCACGACUUCCACCACGACGGAACCACCAACGACACCGGCCGAGGCGCGCCAAUUUUCGACCAUCUCGACGGUGAUGCCAGCCCAGCUGACCGCUGAACAUACGUCCCCGCUUGCUGCACUGCUGAACGGGGACAUCCUGGAUCAGGAUCGUACCUCCGCUCGGCCCGCCAUGCAGCAGCAGCAGCAGCAGCAGCACGAUAAUGACGCCGAGGAGGAGCACGAUGAGGAGCUCGAACACGACCAGGAAGAUGACGAGCAGCACCACGAACUCGAGGAGGAGGAUGAUGAGGUGAACGUGGUCGGGCGCAGCAGCAGCAGCGCGAAUGCGGUCGCCGCGGAGGAGGACGAGGUUGAGCAGGAGGAGGAGGAGCACGAGCAUGAGGACGAGCACGAGCAGGACGAGAGCGACGACGAGGACGAGCAGGCGGCCGAGCUGCACCAUCAGCAGGCGCUCGCCGCCGGCCAGGAUGCGGUCGGGUCCGUCCUGCCCGAGGACAUCCCGGUCGAGCAGAAGCUGAAGCAGAUCACGAAGGAGAUUGAGCAGCUGUCGGGUGGGGCGGGCGAUCGCGAACUGCGCCUGGACAGUCGCCAGAGCUUCCUGUCGCUGUCGGAUCUGAUCAAGAACAUUCGCCCGGCGGAAAAGGUGGUGCCGCAGAUCGAUUCGUCGUACGCUAACACGAUGCGCGUCCUUGGCGAACCGCUCAGUCAGAGAAGAUAAACCUUAAGGUACGGGGACAGUUCACAAAACGGGGGUUUAAAUAAGCGGAUGAAAGAGAGAGAGAGAUAGAGAUGAGAGUUUGAACGUUAGGUUAAACUAUUUUUAAAAAGAACCGUACGCAUUUAAACCAUGCAUAUACCACUCAUCCGUCCAGUUUCGUUCGUAGUGUUUUUAAUACCGAUUCGGUGCUUCGUAUGUCCCACAGAUUCUGCAUGUGAACAGCUCAUUCCAUGCGCUUCCCACUUGGUGGUUCUCUCUGAGGACAGACCAUCCCGAUAGGCUCCGAGCUACUAACGCUUGGGCCAAUCCGGGAUAUUACUUCUCGAGGGAACCCACCCCUUCUCCGAUGGCUUGUAACCCGGCGUUGCCAUCACUAAUGUCACACUUUCUCAUUCCAUCAUACUAGUAGAUCACAACUCAUUCUCACCAUCACCACCACCAUGCUCAUCAUUACCGCGUAAUCCUGAAUUCCCCGGAAGGCAUACGGUACACUUUGGCAAACAUUUUAAAAUGAGUUUUUGAUUAACUUUACCAGUUGCCAACCGGUUUGCUGGCUUGGUCCGUUUCAGGACGGUGUUGCAGGAGUUGCAAUUGGACUCGUUGCUGCCAUCGCUUGCUGGCACUAAUUAAAACGUCGCUUACACUUGAUUCGUUUCACACCGAAUUUCCCAUUUCAACCUUUUUCCUACUUUGCCUGACGCCAUUGGAGAAGUGGGCUGACAUGCGAAGUCGUUCAACAUGUUGCGAAAUCAUUCCCAUAAAAAAAUCAUUCAACCCUAUUCCCUUGCUUUCCAGCACACCCACCUUUCAAGACACGAGAAGAGUAGCGCGAGCGAUGGUAUUAAGAUUAAGGCAUUAAGCAAGUAACAGAAUACGAACGAAUAGCGUAAGUGUACUAGAAUUCUUGUGAUUUAAACUGAACACGAAGGAGAGAGAUCAUUGUAAGACAAGACAUGUGCAGUGACAGCGACAGGUUGUGUAGCCAGGGCUUGUCCGUCCGGUAGCCGUUGCUUGCGGACAAACAAUGCCGGUGCGCACUGAAAGCCGUGGACGAGAACAGAGUAUAAAUGAAUAAAUUGAUAAGAUUUGUACAAAA